AUGUCGUACGAUGUCGCGUCAGAUGCUGCGUCCGUCGCAUGGACGGGCCUCGGAUUAACUUCCGCCACUCCUUCCGCAACCCCGUCCGCACUCUCCGCCUCCCCUCGUUCCGCCACCGCUCUCCCCGCAUCAGCGCAGCAGCACCGCCCCGCCACCCCCCACCGGCUCACCUGGAGUGACCAAGUGGUUGAUCCUGAAGGGGAAGCUGGGGAGGAACAAAAGGCGGAGAGCGGAGGCGCGGGGGGAGCAGACGGCGAGCGCGGGGCUGGCAUCGGGGGAGGCGGUAUGGGAGGCGGAACGGGGGGAAAGACGGCAGUAUGGGGGCUGUCGAAGCAGGACGCGCUGAGGGCGAUCUUGGGGGAACACGGCGCGGAGGCGUUCGGAAUGGGGGGGGGAGCAGGGGGAAAGAACGGUGGGUGUGAUAGCGGUAGGGCGGACAACGACGUGGUGAUUUCCGAUGGCGCGGGCGGUAUGGGCGCAGCAGAAGGCGGAAAAGGGGGGGACUGGCGGGGGAAUGGUAGCGGUCGUGGUGGGGAGGGCGAUAGGAGCAAUGACGUGGACGAUGAUGAUGAUGACGUGGACAGUGAGGACGAUGACACAGACGACGACGCGGAUGGCAAGGCGCGGCGGCGGCGGCGGCGACGGGGAGGGGGUGGGGGGCGGCAUGGCGGCUUCCGGUCGCACGGCAUGUUGUCGGAGCGCCUGCACUCCGACGGGGACGAUUCGUUCGACGACGGGGAUGACGAUAGCCGCGGCAGCAGCAGCGGCGGCGGCGGCGGGGGUGGGGGCAGCAGGGGCAUGUCCGGAGGGGGGGCGCGGCAGCGCGACCGGGUGUGGCCGCUGCAGCUGCACAUGCGGGAAUCGUCGCUGGUGGCGCAGCUGAUUCUCGUGCUGCUGCUCGGCGCGCUGCUCUUCGGCGUGGGCGUCGCGACGAACGCGGUGUUCUGGAUGGGCGCGUCCGUCCCCGCGCCCAUCUGGUUCCCCGCCGGCUUCGCGCUCUUCGCCGUCACGGCAGCGGGGCAUCGCGUGUUCGUGGGCAAUUUCCUCGGCUACCUCGCGUUCGCGUUUUACUUCCGCCUCGUGCGCCUCUCCAUGCCCGCGUCCGGCGCCUCCGCGGCGGGCGCGCUGCUCGACGCGCUCUGCGCCACGCUCGGCACGCACGCGCUCGCGCUCAUCCUCGCGCGCAUCUUCCGCGCGCACCGCCGCCACCGCACCCCCCUCGACUGCACCCCCAACGUCUUCCGCUUCUGCUCGCUCGUCCUCCUCGUUCCCCUCCUCUUCCAAGGCCUCCAAACGCUCCUCUCCGCGCUCGCGCAAGCGGAUCCCCCGCCUCCGCCGGACACCCGCGUGCAGUCCUGGCUGUUCCGCGCCGUCGCGGACGGAAUCGGCGUGCUCGUCGUCGUUCCCCUAUUCGUCCAGAUCUCCGUGACAUCCGCUGGGAGAGGGUCCGACACGUGGCAGAGAAACCAGUGGGAGCAGCAGCGCGUGCAGCAGCAGCAGGUGCGGUGGUGGCUGCCGUGGUGCCUCCCCCCCUGCGUCGACUAUUUAGUCCAGUCCUGGCGCAUGAUCGCGUUCGUCGCGCUGAACGCGGGCGUGUGCGCGGUGCUGUUCGGGGGAUUCGCGCCUGACGAGUUCACCGCGUCGCUCAUGUACCUGCUGUUCCCCGGGAUCGCGUGGGCGGCUUUCCAGUACAAUCGGCGCGGAGUGAACCUCGUCGCGCUGCUGCUCGCGCUCCUGGGGGGAAUCACCGCCGCGCAUGGGCGCGGCCCGCUGGCGCGCGGGGAUGUCAUGGGGACCAUGGUGCAGGUACAACUAUUCGCAGCAGUGGAAGCCAUGGCAGCACUAGCUUUAGCAGCGGCAGUGCGCGACACCAAGCGUCUUCGCAGGGAGCUGCGGCUGCUGAACGCGUCGCUGGAGGAGGAGGUGGUGCGGCGCACGCAGGAGAUCCGGCGGUACAACGAGCAGCUGCAGAUGAGCCAGCAGCACGCCGAGGAGGCCAGCCGCGCCAAGACCGAGUUCCUCGCCAACAUGAGUCAUGAGAUUCGCACGCCCAUCCACGGGAUCAUCGGCAUGACAGCGCUUGCUCUCGAUGCACUCGAGUCCAUCCACUCCUCCCCCACCGCGUGGGCCGCCGACCACCAGCAGCAGCAGCAGCAUCACGAGCUGCAGCAGCAUCCGCAUGAGCAGGGGCAGGGAGAGGUGGUGGCGGAGGUGAGGGAGCAUCUGAUGAUAGUGGCGCAGUCGGCGGAGUGUCUGCUGGGCAUCGCCAACACGGUGCUUGACCUGGCGCGCAUCGAGGCCGGGCAGCUGGAGCUUCUCAAAGUGCCGUUUGCGAUUCGGGACGUUGUGGUCAGCACCAUGAAGAUGCUGCAGGUGCGCGCGGUGCAGAAGCAGCUGGACUUCUCAUGGGAGGUGGACGAGGACGUGCCCGUGGAGCUACUAGGCGACGCUGCCCGCCUGCAGCAGAUCAUCAUCAACCUCGUCGGCAAUGCCAUCAAGUUCACGUCAGCGGGCUCUGUGUCGCUCACCAUCCGCCUCUUUGCUCGCCCGCGCCGCCAGAAGGCCUACACCACCUGCUUUGCGCCACGUCCCCAGCGCCAGGCUACUCUCUCUUUUGCUGUCCCCAGCUUCGUCACCGGUGGGGGAGGUGGAGGGGGUGGUGGUGGUGGUGGUGGUGCUGCUGCUGGUGGUGGUGGAAUCUCCAGUGCAGGAGGAGGAGGGUCAGAGGGCACAGGGGCAGGUGGGGCAGCAGCAGCUGGAGCUGCUGCUGCUGCUGCUGCUGCUAGUGCUGCUGCUGGUUCUGCCGACGCUGCUGCGGCUGACGAAGCGGGUGGGGGGGCAGCAGGUGCGGGGGGGAAGGGCAAGCACACGCGCACUUCAUCAGGGACUGACUGGAAUGCCUCUGGCCUGUCUCGCAUAUUCAUGUCCUCACCCUUCCAGCGGCCCCCCAACGCCACGCCCGGGCCGCCCGCUGCUCCUCUCGCCGCUGGGGAUGGUGACGGUGCUGAUGGUGUGGCUGUGGGGGGGAGUGAGGGCGGAAAGGCAAAUGCUAUGGCCGCUGGCCCUCUCCCUUCGCACUACUCUCCUUCCCCUGCUGCUGCUGCUGCUGCUGCUGCGGCUGGUGGUGGGACUGGUGGGGCUUUCGGAAGCAGCGGGGGUAGGUUUGGGGAAGGGGGUGGUGGGGGGGCCGCUGGGGAGGGGUGGAAGGAGAGAGGAGGGCGGAGAGGGGGGAAGGGAGGGAUGGCGGCGUUGCUGCGGAGCAGUGGUGGCAGUGGGAGUGUGGCGGGAUUGUUGAGAGAGGAGGAGCGGCAGAGGGGGAAGGUGAGACGGAGCGCUAUGAGCGAUGGGGGAGAGUUGCUAAGCGCCGCUGCUGAUGAGAUUAGUCAGGAGGAGGCGAGUAGGAAGAGGGGAGAGGGGCGCAUGGGGAAGGCGGGAAGCGUGGGGACCGGAGCAGCAGAGGCACCAGGGGGGGGAGCUGGUGGGUUGGCGGGAGCAGCAGCAGGAGGAGCGGUGGGAGGGACUGGGGCGAGUGGGGAGGGAGACGGGGAGAGGGAAGGCGGGGAGGGAGGAGGGAAAGGGGGAGGGAGGGGAAGCGGUGGGGGAGCAGCAGGGGGGGGAGGUACGUGGCUGUCUGGAGCAAAGGGAAUUCGUCGCCGGGGUCUGGAGCCGCAGAGAUCAGACCCCUCAGUCCUCGCAGCACACCUCGCCUCUCUAGAGCCUUUCACUUCCCCGCGCCUUCUGCCGCUGUCCGGAACCCCCCUUACCUUAUCCCCCGCCAUGCCGCCUGCUGUCCCGCCUGCCUCUGCCGCUGCUGUUUCUGCUGCUGGUGCUGGUUCUGCUGCGUCUGCUGCGUCUGCUGCUCUGCGGGCUGGUGCCGCGUGGUGGAAGGCCCAGGCGCAGGGAGGGCUGCGGAUACUGGUAGCAGAGGACAACCCGGUCAACCAGAAGGUGGUGUCCAUUGCACUGCGGAAGCAGGGCGCACAGGUGGAGAUUGUGGAGAACGGGCAGCUGGCUGUAGAUGCGGUCAAGGCGAGACGCGACACCAUCGACCUCAUUCUCAUGGAUAUUCAGAUGCCAGUGCUGGAUGGGUUUGGUGCCACGAAGGCCAUUCGAGCAAUGGAAGCAGCAGCCGCCGCAGCACAACCACCAGAACCAGCAGCAGCAGCAGCAGCAGCAUCAGCAGCUGCUGCUGCAUACAACCCGCCCCUUCCAUCACCUGCUUACAGCGACGCCUCUUCCUUCCUGCCUUCCUCUGGCCCCUCCCCAUCGAACUCGCCGCACCCCUCUCCGUGCCCCAACCCCUCUGGAACCGCUGGCACCUCUGGGACCUCCCACGGGCAGCAACAGCAACGGCGACAGCACAUGCCGAUCGUGGGGCUGACAGCGCAUAACAUGGCGGGGUACGGGGACCUCUGCACGGAGGCAGGCAUGGAUGCGUAUGCUACCAAGCCGUUCAAAACGCCGGCGCUUGUGGCGCUUAUUCUCGAGACUGUCAAGAAGCCGCCGCCACCGCUGCCGCUGCAAGGGCAGGUGCUGUGCUGUGCUGUGCUGCUACUUUUGAGGCGCCUUAAAAGUAGUGCGGCGGCGGAGAAGGAUUUCAGCGCGGCGGACCUGGUGAUUCAGGAGUCCACCAGACCCAAGGAGCCACUGAGUCUGCGCGCGCUCAAGUUCGGGUCGCAGUUCUCGGAGCACAUGCUGCUCGUGCCGUGGCGCCGCCAGCAUGGCUGGUCCAGCCCUGUCAUCAAGCCUGUCGGGCCACUGCCACUGCACCCUGCCGCACAGGUGCUGCACUACGGCAUGGGGUGCUUUGAGGGCAUGAAGGCGUUCAA